GUGCUUUGCUUAACGACAGUACUGUGGAGGUCAGCAGCAGGGAACGGAGAGGGUGGAAAUAUAGGGUCUGUUACCAUAUACUACAAUAUAUACCAUUGUAUUAAUAUUUUCGAUAGAGUAAUAUCGGCGGGGCAAUGUGCCAGUGAAUACGUGUAAGAUCGAGUUUUAUGAAGAUUUCCCUGUCAUCACUCGGAAAUAUUAAUUGAGUAACACGCACGGUCCACCACACUGUCAUAGUAUCACUACAGACCGUAUUUUCAAUUCUUCAUCUUUCUCCGGUUCGAUUGGUCCCGGUUCUGAUACACAAACAGCAGAGCGAUGGAUAACACAUCUGGAGCAGGCGGUUCGGGGCCCAGAGCCGGAUUCGGGAGUCUCUUUGGAGGGGGGACCCCAGAGUAUUCAAAUACGGAGCUAGCCGGGGUGCCGUUGACAGGAAUGAGCCCCCUCUCCCCUUAUCUCAAUGUGGACCCCCGUUACCUGGUGCAGGAUGGCGAGGAGUUCAUCCUGCCAACAGGAGCCAGUAAGACGCGAGGACGCUUCGAGCUGGCCUUCUUCACCAUCGGGGGGUGCUGCAUGACAGGCGCUGCAUUCGGAGCUGUGAACGGACUCCGGCUCGGCCUGACAGAGACUCGGGACAUGGCCUGGUCCAAACCACGAAACGUGCAAAUCCUGAACCUGGUGACACGACAAGGGGCAGCGUGGGCUAACACCCUGGGAUCGCUGGCUCUGCUGUACAGUGCGUUCGGGGUGAUCAUUGAGAAGACGCGGGGAGCAGAGGAUGAUCUCAACACUGUGGCAGCCGGGACACUGACUGGAGUGCUGUACAAAUCCACAGGUGGUCUGCGAGGCAUGGCCCGUGGGGGGUUGAUGGGUCUGGCGCUUACAGGACUCUACUCUCUCUACAACAACUGGGAACACAUGAGGGGCAGCUCCCCCCGCCAGUCCCUCUAAUGCUGGAACCUUCUGUCACACAACCCCCAUUGCGACCAGAUUGGAUCAUUCUCCACCUGCACACCCACUGACUGGCCAGGGUGUACCAUCUCUCACCUCAAAGGGGUUUGUUUCCAUUCCUGCUCUGGACUUUACGAUGACGAUGUAAAUAUCGGGACACUUUCAAGUGCUGCCGCUGCAGUAAACAGACAGAGGAGCUGUAAUGGUUUGAACGAGGCUUGUGGAGCAGCCUGUCUUGUGUCACAGCCUCUUCUCCUUCUGUUAUCAUUCAAAAAGAUACUCAUUAAACCUGGACCUUGACUGUAAGUAGAGAACUGCCUGUGUGAUCUAAAAGAAUGGUCUAAAAACACAUGGUUGUGGCUGUGAUUGUGUGUUUAGAAUCUCCCCCAUUAGUGUUCAGUCACAUUUCUGUACCACAUUGGCUUGCUUGUGUGUCUUCCUUUUUAUAGAGGAGGAGGAACUGUAUCUAACUAUGAAAAGACACUUGAACCCCCAUAGCAGGAAACAAAAUAAACUGAUCAACUUUUUUUUCUCCUGUG